AAACUCAAGAAUUACUAAUCCAACCCAAUUCCCAAACUUUAAAUCAAACACAGAGCCUAUAUAAGUCGGAGCAAGUCAUCAUUUUCCUUACUUGCUUCACUCUCACACACUGGCUAUCAACUUCUUUCACUAAAAUCAUUUCCAUCUCAAAUUUGAUCCACUUGGCAGUGAAUGAACCAAGCCCAGUACUUGUUUCAGGCUCAGAUUUGUGAAGCGGCGGCGGCUAUGGUGGUAGUGGUGGAGUGGCGGUGGUUUGGCAGUCUUUGUUGAUCAAAAUCGCAAGCUUUUUUCAGUGAAUAGUGCACUCUUACUUGGUUUGGCGGAAUGGGUUCAGAGGGAAGUGAGAAUGAAAUGGUGGUAACUCAAAUUAGUGUUGGUGGCUUCGGUAUUUAUGUCACUGCAAAAAUGCUCUUCGAUUACUUUGAAGAUCAGAUUGGAGGUGUUUGGAGGUGUAGACUGAAGACUUCAUCAACCCCUCCCGAAUCAUACCCAAAUUUUUUAAUCGACAGUGCUGAUAUCCGAAGAACGAAUGAUUAUCAUAAGGUGGAACCCCAUGCAUUUUUGCAUUUUAUUUCUCCUGAUUCCGCAAAGUUGGCACUUGAUGCAGCAGGGCGUGGUGAGCUUGUACUGAUGAAGAAACAUUUGAAGGUUAGUUUGGGGCCUGAUAAUCCACAUAGCAUGAACCAGAGGAGGAGGAAUACGGUUCCUCACAAGUUAUCUGAUGUGCGUCUUGAGAUUGGCAACUUGGUUAGCCGAGAUGAAUUCUUUGUUGGUUGGAGAGGACCUCCUACUGGGGUUGAUUUUGUUGUGGACCCAUUUAAUGAGACGUGCGAAUUCCUUUUCACAAGGGAUACUGUUUUCUCUUUCAAAAACUCGAACAAACAUUCAGUAAUGAAAUGCAACUUUAAGGUUGAGUUCUUGGUGAGAGACAUCAAUGACAUAAAACAAUAUACCGACAUGUUUUCCUUGAUUGUUGUUAUGCAACUGGCUUCAUCUCCUUCAGUUUACUAUAGAACUGCAGAUGAUGAUAUUGAAGAAUCGGUUCCGUUUGAUUUGUUGGACGAUGAUGAUCCUUGGAUUCGUACAACAGAUUUUACACCCAGUGGGGCCAUCGGUAGGUGUAAUACUUAUCGAAUUUCAAUUCCACCUCGUUGUGGUGUGAAGCUGAGAAAGGCCAUGGGUUACUUUAGGGACCGAAGAGUACCAGAUGAGAGCCCCAAACAACAGCUUAGGAUACGUGAUGAACCUGAUUUUGGAAAACCCAUGUCAGAUCCUUUCUUUUGUAUCAAAUCCGAGAAAGAACUAACUUUCAAAGAAUUGUUUUUGGUGAAUGCAGUCAUGCACAAAGGCAUAAUUAAUCAGCACCUGUUGUCAGACAGGGUUUUUGAUUUGCUUAGAAGCCAAACAGAGGAGGUGAAUUUAGCUGCACUGAAGCACAUAUGUUCUUACAAGCGGCCCGUGUUUGAUGCCUACAGGAGGCUGAAACUCGUCCAAGAGUGGUUGCUGAAAAACCCUAAGCUUCUUAAGAGCCUUACAAAAUUGGAUGAUGUUGUUGAAGUCAGAAGGCUGGUUAUUACUCCAACCAAAGCUUACUGUCUUCCACCAACAGUUGAACUUUCCAACAGGGUUAUCAGGAAUUACAAAGAAGUUGCUGAUCGGUUUUUAAGGGUUACCUUCAUGGAUGAAGGCAUGCAAACACUUAAUUCCAACGUUCUUAACAAUUAUGUUGCUUCCAUCGUCAAGGACAUCACCUCAUAUUCUGCCCCUCAGAAAACUUCAGUGUUCCAGAGGGUAAAGAGUAUUCUAAGUGAUGGGUUUAAAUUAUGUGGUCGAACGUACUCAUUUUUGGCCUUUUCAGCUAAUCAAUUGAGGGAUCGUUCUGCAUGGUUUUUUGCUGAAGACGAGGAUAUCAGUGUGCUUGAUAUAAAAGGUUGGAUGGGCAAGUUCACAGACAGGAAUGUUGCAAAGUGUGCUGCUAGGAUGGGACAGUGCUUCUCAUCCACUUACGCCACGAUUGAAGUUCCACACAAGGAGGUUAACUUUAAGCUGCCCGACGUUGAGAGAAAUGGGUAUGUUUUCUCAGAUGGUAUCGGUAAGAUGACGCCGGACCUUGCAAAGGAAGUGGCAGAGAGAUUGCAAUUGUGUGUGAACCCACCAUCUGCUUAUCAGAUUAGAUAUGCUGGUUGCAAAGGGGUUAUUGCCUGUUGGCCGGGAAAGAAUGAAAAGAUUCGGCUUUCCUUGAGGAAAAGUAUGAAUAAGUUUGAGUCGAAGCACGCGAUUCUUGAAAUCUGUUCUUGGACUAGAUUCCAGCCUGGAUUCCUAAACCGGCAGAUAAUUACAUUACUUUCUGCUUUGAAUGUUCCGGAUGAAAUAUUCUGGAAAAUGCAGGAGUCUAUGAUUUCUAAGCUAGAUAAGAUGCUUAAAGACGCAGAUGUGGCGUUUGAUGUUCUUACCGCAUCAUGUGCUGAGCAAGGAAAUGUAGGAGCAAUGAUGUUAAGUGCGGGUUUCAAUCCUCAAAAUGAACCUCAUCUGCGAGGCAUGUUAACUUGUAUAAGAGCUGCACAGCUCUGGGGGCUGAGAGAAAAGUCUAGGAUAUUUGUUCAUUCAGGAAGGUGGUUGAUGGGAUGCCUAGAUGAGCUAGCGGUACUUGAACAAGGUCAAUGCUUUAUCCAAGUAUCGAAUCCUUCCCUGGAAAAUUGUUUUGUGAACCAUGGCUCUAGGUUUUCCAAGCCAAAGAAAAAUGUUCAAGUAAUUAAGGGUCUUGUUGUUAUAGCAAAGAACCCAUGUCUUCACCCAGGAGACAUACGAAUCUUAGAAGCAGUAGAUGCCCCUGGGUUGCAUCAUCUUGUUGAUUGUGUUGUUUUCCCUCAAAAGGGAGAUAGACCACAUACAAAUGAAGCAUCCGGAAGUGACCUUGACGGUGAUCUCUAUUUUGCCACGUGGGAUGAAAAUCUCAUUCCGCCUAGUAAGAGAAGCUAUCCACCAAUGGACUAUGAACCAGGAGAUGUUAAAAAAUUGCCUCGACCAGUUAAUCAAAAGGACAUAAUUGAUUUCUUUACUAGAAACAUAGUGAACGAGAAUUUGGGUACAAUAUGCAAUGCCCAUGUGGUUCAUGCAGACCGCAGUGAAUACGGAGCACUGGAUGAGAAGUGCCUGACACUGGCAGAGAAAGCUGCCACAGCUGUUGAUUUUCCCAAAACCGGAAAGAUCGUGACCAUGCCACCUAAACUGAAACCAAAAAUGUAUCCUGACUUCAUGGGCAAAGAAGCUUUUCGGUCAUACAAGUCAGAAAAAAUUUUGGGAAGACUCUAUCGUAAAAUCACAGAUGCUUAUGAUGAAGAUGUGGAAGCAUAUCCGGAGCAAACAUUUGUUCCUGAAAGCAUUCCCUAUGAUGGCGAUCUUGAGAUUCCAGGAUCCGUGGAUUUCAUUGCUGAUGCGUGGGAGCACAAGUGCUCUUAUGAUGGGCAGUUGAAUGGUCUUCUUGGGCAGUAUAAAGUGGUUAGGGAAGAGGAGAUUGUAACUGGCCACAUAUGGUCCAUGCCGAAGUACCAUAGCCGGAAGCGAGGAGAUUUGCAAGAGAAGCUCAAGCAUGCUUACAAUUCCCUUCGUAAAGAGUUCAGACAAGCUUUUGAGAAAAUGGGCUUGGAUUUCAAUCAACUCUCCGAUGAUGCUAAGAAUACAAUGUAUGAACGGAAGGCUUCAGCGUGGUACCAAGUCGCUUACCAUCCUAGUUGGGUGAAGAAGUCAAUUGAGUUACAAGAGAGUGAUGGUUCUGGGAAGAUGGUGAUGUUGAGCUUUUCUUGGAUUGCUGCUGAUUACCUUGCUCGGAUCAAAAUUAGGCGUCGGGAAAUGGGUAAUCUUGAUACUACUAAGCCAAUUAAUUCUCUUGCGAAGUACUUUGCUGAUCGAGAUGCAAUUGGUUAUUGAAGCUGUUUGACGGUUGUUUUCGAGUUUCUUGGCUGCAAGGCCACUCUGCCAUAGUUGAAAGUCUGUGUCGUUCCGAUUUCAAGAUCACCGCUGGUGAUAUAUGUCAGUGUCACCUUUGAGAAGGGUUUCUUUGGGUUUUUAGUUUCUUCGUUUGUGUGGUGUGUUUGGUUUGGGUUUUUAGUUUGCUUGUUUGCUUUAAUUUUCAAUGUACCUAAAAAAACAAAAACAGUGUCAUGACUGUUGUUAAACUUGCUUUUGAUAAAUGUCUUCGUCUCUCUUUGUGCUUUGUUUGUUAACAAAAAUGAUCUUCAUUGUUGAAUGUUCUUGGCUUGUAUAUAAGUUGGAUCUGUAUUGUCUUC